AUGCUCCUGGUUCUCGAGGAAUUUUCUGGAAAUCCCGUCGCGAAGGAUCUUCUGGAUGCCGUCAUCGAGUUAGCGAAUCUAUUCGCGAAGCCGCUUCAUUUGUCAACUGCUGGAGUUGGCGAUGUCGAUAGUGAGCAGUGCUGCAACAAGCUGUCUCCGACAAGCAAUCUUGGACGGUCUCUCGCAAACCUCCAGAAGAAACGGAAGGUCUCUCGUAAACCUCCAGAAGAAAACGGAAGGUCUCUCGCAAACCUCCGAGAAGCAGACGGUCUCUCGCAAACCUCUGGAAAUGGACGGUCUCUCGCAAACCUCCAGAAGAAAACGGAAGGUCUCUCGCAAACCUCCGAGAAGCAGACGGUCUCUCGCAAACCUCUGGAAAUGGACGGUCUCUCGCAAACCUCUGGAAAUGGACGGUCUCUCGCAAACCUCCAGAAGAAAACGGAAGGUCUCUCGCAAACCUCCGAGAAGCAGACGGUCUCUCGCAAACCUCUGGAAAUGGACGGUCUCUCGCAAACCUCUGGAAAUGGACGGUCUCUUGUAAACCUCCGGAAGAAAGAAGGAAGGUCUCUCGAACACCUCCGGAAAAGUACAUGCCCCGUGCUGAAAUGUACACGCCAUCGUGCUGUUAGUGGAUCAAAAUAUGGAUCCCUGGACUAUAAUCGCCCUCGUGCUGAAUCGUGGAUCAACGGAUGGAUCCCUGGAAAUAUUCGCCAUCGUGCUGUUUUUGUGGAUCAACAGAUGGAUCCCUGGUAUUCACAGCUUCCUGUAUGCGAAGGUUCUACGACCGACGCGGAAGUUGACAUUAAGUCUGAAAACAUGAUAGUUGGCUCUAACGCCAUCUCGAUCCCACUUGGCUUGACAAGCAACGUGGAAGACGUCACAAUGGUCGGUACAACAUCUACUCAACCGACAGGAAAGGAAUUUGGUUCUGAUAACUCUCCUGGAAACGGAGACGAACGGAUGAAGCUGAUUGGUCAGACGAACGACUUCAUCGGUGGAAGGUGCGGCAGCUCGAGACGGUUCGGAACCAUUGGUCCAUCAACUUACGAGAAGCAGAAGAAGACGUGCGAUGGAAUUCGUGAGAAGUCUUCUGAACGGAAACCAUUUGGUUUGGCAACCACAGUGGACUACACAGAGUCUGGAACAUCAGCGUCCGAAGACGGAAGCAGGAAUCCAGUCGCGACAAUUCUCCCGGAAACGGAGAAGGACAGAAGACUCUUGUCUGUCAAGAAAGGAGAACUCGCAGAAGUCGGAUCACAAAUGCAGAAGUCGUGUUCGGCUGAGAACAACUACGUUCGGUUCAACAGCAGUAAUCGCUGGAAAUGCAGAAGGCCAACAACGAAGCCUACGUUGCGCCUACCUCAUCCUUGGGAAGAUGCACCGAGUAAAGAAGAAACAGUCAAGGAAGAGCGACGCCGACUCUUCCCCGGUACGUUCCGGAAGCAAGGUGUCAUUGUCAAAUGA